AUGGGUCUGAUCCAGUUCUUCUCUAAGAUGAGGAAGUGGGCCGACAUGUCCAACCUCUCGCAGGACUUCAGGCUACAAAUGGAUGUCGAUAACAGCCUCGUGGCCUCUCCAUUAACCCCUGCCGUUCCCUGGUUCCCUCCAGAUGAGUCGUGGCCCCUCCAGUCAGGAAGCAGCAGCGGAGAGCUCUCUGGAUCAGGAGAGGCCCAGGCCGAGGCCCUGUGGUGGGGACACCACCUGCAGGUGGCGCUGGUCAACACGGUGGCCUUCAGGGGCAUCUGGCAGAAGCAGUUUCUGUUCACCAACUCCCAGAACCUGCCCUUCAUCCUGUCUGAUGGGACUCCCAUCAAGGUGCCCAUGAAGUACCAGGCUGCAGAGGUCAGCUUUGGUCAGCUCAGGACGGGAUCGGAUCAGCGCUACACGGUUCUGGAGCUGCCGUUCCUGGGCCGCUCCCUGAGCCUGCAGGUGGUUCUACCCAGCGAGAGGAAGACGCUACUGUCCUCCCUGGAGGCUCAGCUCACACAGCGCCACCUAGCGUCCUGGGACACCGGCCUGUGCAGAACCAGGAUGGACAUCUUCCUCCCAAGAUUCAGAAUGCAGAACAAGUUCAACCUGAGGUCGGUGCUCCCCGCUAUGGGCAUCAGCGACGCCUUCAACCCCACAGCAGCCGACUUCACCGGGAUCUCAGUGGAGGAGGGUCUCUAUGUGUCUGAUGCCUUCCAUGAAGUCAGGAUAGAAGUCACGGAGGACGGGACCAAAGCAGCUGCUGCUACUGCGAUGGUCCUCCUCAAAAGAUCCCGAGCUCCAGUUUUCAAAGCAGAUCGGCCGUUCUUAUUUCUACUGCAACAGGUUCACACAGGUAUUUACUUCACAUCAUACAGAUGUUUUCAAUGUUUUAGUCUAGAAAAGCACCCUAGUCAGGGUAUGCUGUUUGACAUUUUAGUUUUAGUAUGAAAAUAAAUAGAUCUUUGAAUGAGUUGCACUGAUCAGACACUACAGAAAUACUCAGUGGAGCAGACAGGUUUGAGCUGAGCAUCAACAGGUGACCCAUCCUUGAGCUCCUGGAGGGUUUUUGUGAACAGAAGCUUUGGAACACGUGUGUGAAUUACUCCUGUUGGACCUUCUCUCUCAGAAGUUUAAAAAUGAAAUUAAUAAAUAAUCUGUUUCUGUUCUGUGAUUCAUGUUCAGUGGUGAAAUAAAAAAACAUCCAGGAAACUUUUCUACAUUGAUGCAACGUUUCCCAGAGCUUCAUCUGAUGACCUGAAACAGAACUGACCUGCUGAUGGAGGACCUGUUGAAGAACCCUAACUCUGUAACUGAUGAAGAUAAAGAAGAAGGUUUUCCUGUCAGGUGUAACUGAUGAUGAUGAAGGUUUUCCUGUCAGGUAUAAUUGAUGAAGAUGAAGGUUUUCCUGUCAGGUGUAAAUGAUGAAGGUGACGAUGGGGGACGACUGGGGGACCCUGACGGGGUGAGCUGGUGUCUUCAUUUGCACAACUGACUUCCUCUUGGACGUCCCUUAGUUCUGCCCCUAGUUCUGCUGCUACAGGCCUAGGCUGCUGGAGGACCUCUCUGGAUGCACUGAGCCC